AAUUAAAGUGAAUAGUGGAUUUCAUUUAGAUUUUUGUAAUUUUUACUUAAAAUUAGGACAAGCAGAAAUGUUUAGAGAUAUGUUAUAAUAAUGACUAUAUCAAUGAAAGAGCAAGAUCAAAUGCCCGGGGAGAUGGCAUUCCCCGAGGCUAAACUUAAAGCAUUAGAAGAAAAAAUUUCACACCCAAGAUGGGUUGUACCUGUACUACCUGAACAGGAGCUAGAGGCGCUUCUGGUGGCAUCUACAGAGUUAGCCACCAAAGGGGAAGAUGUAAAUAAUCCAGCAUGCCAAAGGUUUUACAAUGAUGCCCUAACAAUAUCGUUCACUAAGAUAUUGACUGAUGAUGCAGUUUCAUCAUGGAAAAAUAAUAUACAGCAGUGUGUAAGAUCUAAUUGUGAAAAACUUGUAAAGCUGUGUGCCAUGAAACUGGAUGACCCUAGAUUUUUACACCUUUUGUACAUGGCUUUCAACCCUAACAAUAAAUUUCACACAUUUAAUGCAUCAAGAACAUGUGAAGGAUUGUCAGUGACCAAUGCCCUUGUGACCACUGGUCAGGGCUCGGCUCAGGAGCCUGAAGUGUUUGCCAAGUCACAAGAUCACCGUACACCAAGAGGGUGGCUAGUUCACCUUAUUAAUGUAUUUGGCCAAGCUGGUGGAUUUGUUAAACUGCGAGAAAGAUUUGAAACUAUUAUGGGGUUUAAAAAAAUUGAUUUAACUGUUUCAACCAAUAAUGAAGAAAAAGUAACGACAGAAAUUUUAGAAAAAGAAAUUGUGGAAAAUAAGUGUGAUCCUAUGACUUCAUCAACUGAGAUGUGUUCAUCAAGAAGUGAGCAGCCAUCUUCGCUGGAGCAGUCGACGGGGGAAACUCGCGUCGCGGCCGUCUGGCAACUUUUAAGGCCUUUGGGUCUGUGCCACGAUCUACUCACUCCUCAUACCGUCACUGUGUAUCUUCUGCCUGUACUGGAAUGUAUUCCGACGUUGCUAGAGAGUUUAACGGACGAGGAGUUAAAGCGCGAGGCGAGAGGCAGCGAAAACAAAACUGACACUGUGUCGUGCCUAAUCCGAGCUUGCAAGUGUGUCUCAGUUAAAACUCCGCAACAUCACAGCCUAUUGAAAUCACUUGAAAUGUUUCGGUUAAAAAUGAUCCUACGAUUACUACAAAUGUCUUCGUUUAACGGAAAAAUGUCUGCUCUGAACGAAAUCAAACAAUUGAUUAGCACAGUUUCACAACAACCGAAACCAGAGUGGUUGACGCCAGCUGUAAUUACGAAUUGGAUCCGCGAAAACAACGUAGUCGAUAUAGUAUUGCGGGACUCGCUUCAUCAACCCCAGUACGUAGACAGGCUAGAGAAAAUGUUGAGGUUCAUGAUCAAGGAGAACUCCCUGACGACCGAAGACUUGGACGCGAUAUGGAAGGCUCAACACGGCAAGCACGAGGCUAUCGUGAAAAACUUACACGACUUGCUCGCAAAACUCGCUUGGGACUUCACACCCGAUCAGUUAGACCAUCUGUUCGAUUGCUUCAAGGCGAGUUGGGCGACAUCGAGUAAGAAACAGAGCGAUAAGUUAUUAGAAGUAAUCCGAAGACUGGCUGAGGAUGAUAAGGAUGGAGUUAUGGCUAAUAAGGUGUUGGUGCUAUUUUGGAAUUUGGCGCAUUCGGACGAAGUUUGUACAGAAAUCAUGGACGUCGCUCUAGCUAAUCUUAUAAAAAUUCUUGACUACAGCUGCAGUCAAGACAGAGAUAUGCAGAAGACGUUGUGGCUCGAUAAGUGCGUGGAGGAACUGAAAACGAAUCCCCGCUGGGUGUUACCAGCGUUGAAGAUGAUGCGCGAGAUCUGUUGCCUGUACGAAGCUGGCGGUGUGGGCGGGGCCGGCGCGGGCGGCGCGGCGGGCGCGCGGCCGCACGUCACGCGCCAGGAGCUCAUAGAUCGCCUGCAAGCGCAGCACUCGCUCGUUAUACUGGUUACGGACUCGCUGACGCAUUAUAUGGACGGAGUGCGGACUAAGCUCGCUGACGAAGGGGAAAUAGAUUGGGACAACUGGCUGCCUGACGGUAGAUACCCUCACGCUGCGCAAGUUCACGAAAGACUGAGCUUCUUAAGGUUUUUGCUCAAGGAUGGGCAGCUAUGGCUCUGUGCAGAACAAGCAAAACAAAUAUGGGUGUGUCUCGCCGAGAAGCCUGCCCAUCUCGGAGACCGCGAAGCCUGUUUUCGUUGGUUCAGUAAAUUGAUGGGUGAAGAACCAGACUUGGAUCCAAACAUAAACUUGCAUUUUUUUCGACGCAACAUUAUGACAUUGUCGCCGAACUUAUUAACGCAUUCCGGAAUCAAAUGUUUUGAGAGAUUUUUUAAAGCAGUGAAUUCUAAAGAAGGAAAACUCAAAGUGAAGCGACGUAGUUUUUUAUUGAAUGACGCUGAUCUCAUAGGCUUAGAUUAUUUAUGGAGAGUAAUAACAGAGUGCGACGACGAGAUAUCGGCGCGCGGCAUCGAGUUGCUGCGCGAGGUGUGCACGUGUACCGGCCCGCAGCUGCCGCCGACGCAGCACCAUGAGGCGUUCCUCACGCAGUGCUGCGCGCGCACACAGCGCCUACAGCACGACGCCGCCGCCGCGCCCGAUGCAACAGAAAGUUGUACAAGAAUGUGCAGGGUAAUUCGUGCCAUACAGGAAUACAUUAAUGAAUGCGAUCGACGUUUUUCGGCCGACAGACAAAUUCUUCCUAUAUAUAGAUCCGGCAGAGGCCGGCAGUGUACAAUUAUAGUGAGAUUCAAUUUCCAAACUGGGCAAAGGCAGAUCGAUGAUAUUGAGCUAUUAUCUCAUUCGAAUGAGACCUUACAUUCGUUAAGAACUGCGAUUCAAAGGAGGUUAAAGUGUACAGCGGAGAGUAACAUUAAAUUAGAAAUGUACAUAAAUAAAUUAGAACUUAUAGUUAACGGCGAGCUCCUAGAUUCCAGUCAUGAUCGAAAAAUACUCUCACAGAUACCUCUGAGAGAUAAAACUGUUAUCAUAGCGAAGGUCUACGACGGCCAGGUAUGCGGCAGCGGCGGGUGCGGGUCAUCCAACGAGUCCACCAGCGACUCCAGUACGUCCUCGCCGCCGCUCGCGCCUACGCCCGAACACGCGCUGCCCGGAGUGAUCUUCGCCCAAGGCUCGUGGUAUUUGCCUUUCAUCCUGGAACUGGAACAUUUGGGCAUCACAAAGGGGCACGCUCAACUGACUGAGGCGGCACAUCUUCUCUCCCAAAUAUGUCCCAGCCACAAGCAAACUGUAGAGAAGUUAACUGAAGCGUUGCUAAGUCGAGAUGAUGUAAAACUGAAGGAUAUGUUGUAUGGACCCGCACCGCCAGCGGUUGCUUAUAAUAUUCAGGUGCUGUACAGCAUGGUAUUGCCGUCUUCAGAUACAAAACUCGAGCGUAGCCGCAGUUUCCAGUUAGCUUGUGUUAAAAAGGCACCACUUCUAGUGCAAUGUUUAUCGGACAGCGAAUUUUUAAAAGGUGCUGCACCUCAUACGAGAAGGGUUGGAUAUUUAGCUCUUGUGAGAUUAGCUAAAUUAGUGCUGUAUACUUUGGGACAUCUUUUCGAAAUACUAGCACCUGAUGGUUCAGAUUCAAAUGUUGAUAAGGAGUUUAGAAUGGACGUAACAAUAUUGAGAGAGGCACUGCAGACGGUUCCAAAUCAUAACUGCGAACUUAUUGUUAAGGCGAUCGCCGAGAAGUUGGCAAACGCUCUCGGUGAACAGAUGGUAACAAGCGAAGAGGAUAGUUCUUCUGUGUCGUCGUUGGUGUGGUGGCGCGUGCCCACGACGGCGACCGUGCGGGCGCUGUACGCACUGUCGCACUCUGUGGCGCGCCCCGACCAGCCCGGCCUAGUACACGCUGAUGACGUCACUCUGGUUCGAGAAUGUAUGGAAGUGGUGACGAUUUGUAUGGCUCUGGGUGGAGGGCACUUGGAGGCGCUAAUUCACGAGUCUUGGUGGCAAGAGACUGCGCUAUACCUCAUGAUCGAAUGCCCAAAUCCUCAGAUUCGGGUGUCCUGCGCUGAGCAGCUGCUUGCGAUGUGCGCGUGGGGCGGCGGUGGCGGCGCGCGCGGUGCACUCACGGCAUUGGGCGGAGCGGGGGGAGCGGCUGCGUCGCCCCGCCUACAAGCGCACGCAGCUCACGCGCAGCAAUUUCUGCAGUUGUUGUGCCGCUUGGUGGCGCUAGCGGGUCCCACCGCAAGAACGAUACACGACCUUGCCAUCGAGGUUGCUUGGCUUCGUGCGGUUCGAGCCAAUCCUGCGACCCUAGAUGAUACGCUGCUGGAGGGUCAUCUUAACCUCACGAAAGACUUAUUCACUCAUGUACCAGCCCAAGUGAAAUAUCAGUACGGAGCCCAUCCCGAUCACAAGGACUCUGGUUUAAUAAAGGAAAUAGCGACGGAAUUUCUAUGGCCGUAUUCGUGGGCGUGGUCGCGCAUGGGCAUCGAUCGUGGUAACGAAAGCUCGGAGGCCGAGGCGCUGGCGGCGCCGCUGUGUCGCACGCAGGGCGCCGCCGCCGCCGCCGCUGACCUACUGCUGUCGCUGGUGCACGCCUGCGUGCCCAACAUGGCCGUGCUCGCACGUCUGUUGGAGCAGAUGUUCUAUAGCGAUAAGAACAUGUCGCUGCCUGAGUGGGAGUACAUGCCGUGCGUGGGUCCGCGGCCGCCGGCGGGGCUGGUCGGGCUGAAGAACGCCGGCGCCACGUGCUACAUGAACUCCGUACUGCAGCAGCUGUACUGCGUGCGCGCUGUCCGCGCCGCACUGCUCACCGUGCAGGGUGCAGCCAAUGAUCCGAAUGAAGAUUUUUCCGGUGAAAUGCAUCAUAAUAUUGUAGAAAACAAUGAGAGCAACGGUGAUUACAACAUCACAAUACUGAAACAAGUUCAAGCCAUAUUUGCUCAUUUACAUUAUAGUAAGCUUCAAUAUUACGUACCACGAGGAUUGUGGGCUCAUUUCAGAUUACAAGGGGAGCCAGUGAACUUACGGGAGCAGCAAGAUGCCGUAGAAUUUUUCAUGUCUUUAGUGGAAUCACUGGACGAAGCGUUAAAAUCCUUAGGUCAAGAGCAAUUAAUGGCCAAAACCAUGGGAGGUACCUAUUCUGAUCAGAAAAUUUGUAAGGGCUGCCCACAUAGGUAUUGUAAGGAGGAGCCAUUUAGCGUAGUAUCACUAGACAUACGGAAUAUGUCGAGGCUUCAGGAGUCGUUGGAGGCGUACGUGCGGGGCGAGCUGCUCGAGGGAGCGGACGCGUAUUACUGUGAUAAAUGUAGUAAGAAGGUAGUUACUGUGAAGAGGCUGUGCUUGAAUAAAUUACCACCGGUACUAGUGAUACAACUGAAGAGAUUCGAAUAUGACUUUGAAAAAGUCUGUGCCAUAAAAUUUAAUGAUUACUUUGAGUUUCCUCGGGAGUUAGAUGUCGAGCCUUAUACAGCGUGGGGUCUGGCGCGGGCUGAGGGCGACGCGUCGCUGUGCGAGGACAGCGCCGAGCGCUCGUCUGAGACGCACUACAAGCUCAGCGGCAUCGUCGUGCACUCGGGACAGGCGUCCGGCGGACACUACUACUCGUAUGUGCUGCUGAGAGAUAACGGCAGCGAGACCGGCCGCUGGGUGAAGCUGGACGACGGCGACGUGUCGGAGUGCGCGAUGCACGACGACGACGAGAUGAAGGCGCAGUGCUUCGGCGGCGAGUACAUGGGCGAGGUGUUCGAUUCGACGGUAAAGAGGGUGUCAUACAAACGACAGAAGAGAUGGUGGAAUGCGUACAUGCUGUUUUACACGAGAAAGGACACCAUAGAAGAUUCUGGUCUGGAACAGAGCAUGAAUAGUUUGACUUUAAACGAAAGCUCAAUACCGAAGCCUAUUUGGAAUUCUGUUCGCCGAAGUAAUAUUGCAUUUUCGCAUAAUCAAGAUCAAUUUAGUUUAGAACAUUUUAAUUUCAUGAAGAAACUAUGUUGUAUGAGGCUGCAAGUGUUACCGGGGUCGCAGAGUGCCGUGUGGGGACCGGAACAUGAGGAAAUGUCGAUGCUGGCAGUUCAGUUAGCUUCUAAAUUCUUAUUCCAAGUUGGUUUUCACACUAAGAAAACGUUACGAGGACCUGCGUCAGAUUGGCACGACAUAUUGUGUCAACACUUGAGAUGCUCCCAAGCAGUCAGGGCGUGGUUUGCCUCAGAUUUGUUCAAGCAUCCUCACAGAUUAUACGAUUAUCUACUUGCAUGCCCAUCGGCCGAAGUGAGGAUGGUUUUCAUGAAGAUAAUCGUCUUUCUUGCCCACUUCUCCGUGCAAGAUCCUCCAGUGAGCAGCGGUUUCGGAUCGUGGGCGUCGCGAGAGGAGGCGUUAUCGCUGUCGGACCAGGUGGUGUGUGCGGCGCGCGCGCUGGCCGCCCCGCCCGCCCCCGCGCCCGCGCACGCGCCGCACGUCGACCACAGACACCUGCCGCUGCUCUUCAACCUCUUCCACGCGUACGCCCUGCUCGGUCUCGCUGAGAAACACCAGCUGCUGAGGUUAAAAAUCUUGGACAUCGUUCUGUCAGUUUGUAUGGACGAUUCUAGUUCGUCUCUGGGUAAAUAUCAGUACCCGGAAUCUGCUAAAUUACAUCAGGUGGUGUGCGCGUUGGUGCGGUGCUGUGACGUGAGCGCACGCUGCCUGUCAGCGGGCGCGGCGGACGGCGCGCUGCCGCUGCCCAACCCGUACGCCGACCCGCCGCCCGCGCACGCCGCCGCGCGCCCCGUGCUCUCGCCGCAGGCCGCCGACGUGCUCUACAAUAGGACCGGGACCUAUAUGAAGAAAUUAACAGAAGAAUGUUGCGGCUGCGAGGAGGGAAUAAGAUUAUUACAAUUCCUAUGUUGGGAGCACGCCGGCUGGUCACGUAUGGCGCUCGCGGAGCUGCUGUGGCAGAUGGCCUACGCCUACUGCCACGAGUUGAGGCGGCAUUCGGACGCGCUCACAGCGCUGCUGCUCAUGGAAGACAGCUGGCAGCAGCAUCGUAUACAUAACGUAAUAAAGGGGGUGUCCGAAGAGCGGCCAGGGCUGCUAGAGACGGCGCUGCGCGCGCGCGGUCACUAUCAGAAGCGCGCGUAUGCGUGCGUCAAGCUGCUAGUGGGCGUGAUGUGUCGCGCGCCGCUCGCCGUGCGGGCGCUACACGCGCAGCCCGACGCGCGCCGGCGAUGGCGGCAGCUGCUCGCCUGGCUACAGGACGAACUCGACCGCAAGUAUGGGCCAGGAGGAUACGGCUCCUACGGUACUUGGUCCCCACCCGGCCCGUCUAAUGAAACAUCCAGCGGAUAUUUCCUAGAACGAAGCAAUUCGGCACGAAAAACUUUAGAAAAAGCUUACCAGCUGUGUCCGGAGGAGGAUGAAGAGGAGGAGGAGGAGGGUCGGGAGGGUGGGUCGGGAUCAGGGUCCGGGGAGGGCGGCGACGACAGCGGCGACGGCGACGACGACCCCGACGACGACGACCCGCCGCGCCGCCUGCACCUCGCCCCGCCGGCGCCCCCCGCGCCGCCCGCGCCCCCCGCCCCGCCCGCGCCGCACCCGCGCGACCCCCUCGCCGGCCUCUGAAUACGCAUGUGCCUCUAGUCCGCCUUUUGUUUUGUGCUGAGUUUCCGAGCCGCCGGGGACGGUGAGGCGGGGGCGCCCGCAGCGUCCCGGUCGGGGCAGCCAGCGGGAAGGUAGGAGCGCCCCCGCCCGAGCGAGAGACGCGGGUCGUCGUGCAAGGGAGGAAAGAGAAUCGUCGUCCGCCGUUCGCGAGCCGUCGGGCCGGUCGGCUCCGGUCCGGCGAUGUUUGUUUUGAUUAGUUUUGUAAAAUACGUUUUGCUUUAAAAGUAAAAUAAUAUUUAUUUCUUUUGUGAAAUGAGACUCUUCAUCACUUACCGGAUAGGAUGUACUAUUGUUUUGUAUUUACGCGUAGCAUUAAAAUAUUUAUGACGAUAGGAGGACGAAAGUGAGUAACUUUUUUAUCGUUGAUGCUUUUGCUCGCUUUGUACUCGGUAUAUUGAUAUGAAGGCAAACGGGAAAUGUAAAUAUUAGUAGCAUUAAUAUAUGAAUUUCAAAAACCACAUCUAUAAGAGAUUGUAGCUGUACGUUUUAAAAAAUAAAUUGUUUUAGUGACUUUUAACGAAGCCGUUUUAAAUACGAGAAUAGAUAAUUUAUUUAUUGCUAUAUUAUUAUUUCUUGAUUUGAAAUAUUCGUGAAAGUAAAAGCUUACAACACUUACCCCAUUAACCACAUUAACCGAGAAACGAAUUUUGUAUGAGCUUAAAGACUUGCGGAUACAAUAAUUAUUGUAUAGUAAAAUAGAUUUUAUUUAAAACCGAUAACAUUCGUUAUCACCACGGUUUUAUAAUAUUUAUACAGUAAAUUAUGUUUAUAUGUAAACUGUUAUGUAAUUAAUGAUUACUUUGAAAUAACUCGAAGACAACUUAAACAUUAAAUAAGGCGUUGUGGGGGUUUUUGUUACGUCGUCUUGUUACAUUGUAAACUUUAAAGUUCUCUCGGAGAAACCGAUUCAUAAGCAAAUAACAGACCUACGUAAUUUUAUUAGGUUAUGUCAAAUAUAGCCAACAUAAUAUCACGAGUCACGACUAAAGACUUAAUACCACGAACCAUAACAAUGGCUCGUGGUCACAAUAAAAACUAACGCCACCAUAUUGGUAAUAAUAAGACAGCUUUUUACACUCGUGUUGUCCAGUCAAUGACAUCAAAUUAUAAUAAUUUUGCCUUGGUAAAAAUUAAUACUGGUGAAAUUGUAAAAAAAACAGCGGCUUUCGCAUCUGCGCUCCCGUGACUAUGUCACGAACCUUCUAAAACAUGCUUUCAGGUAUAUCACGAGUAACAUUGACUAAACAGUAAACACUAAUGCCGCGGCCGCACAUGCGUUUAUCGUACAAAGCUUCGUGCUAUGAGACGAUAUCAUUGGACGAUGCACGCAGAUCGUUCAAUGGUAUCGUUUUAAGCACGAAGCACUACGCAGGUGCGGCCCGGGCAUAUGGGGCAUAUUCGAUUAUCAUUUAUCUUGGAUC